AUGGAUUUUGGGAAAAUAUCUACAAUUAUAUGCUGGCCAGUCCCUAAAUCCAUUGAGGUAGUAAGAGGAUUCUUGGGGAUUACAGGCUACUAUAGACGAUUCAUAGUGCAAUAUGGACAACCUGCUAAGCCAUUAACAACUCUACUGAAGAAGGAAGAUCAAGGAAAAUUCCAGUGGACAAUUAAUGCACAAAAAUCUUUUAAAUCUUUAAAGCAUGCUAUUGUCACUUCUCCAGUACUGGUAAUGCCCAAUUUCAACUUACCAUUUGUGAUUGAGUGUGAUGCUUUAGGUAGUGGGGUAGGUGAUAUUCUAAUGCAACAAGACAAGCUUGUGUCAUAUUUUAGCAAAGCCAUUUCGAAUAAAUCAAUAGCAAAGUCUGCUUAG